AAUACACRACUUUAAAGUCAACUGCUGAAGGAACUCGAUCUAAUAUUUCCCAUUUGUUUACUUCGUAAAGACGCAACGCACUGAAUUAACAAGAACGUUUGACUUAAACCUCGAUCCAUGAACCACCAUUGAAAUCGUCCACAAUAAUAACAGCGAAUUCAAAUACAAGCUGGUCAAAAAUGCUAUCUCAUCCUCAUUUUGAGCGAAGCAUCUCUCUGAACGAUUUGGACACAUCUGUAAAAGUACGGGAGCAUGUCCAAAAAGAUGUUGUUAACCCAGAAGAUGACUCAAAACAYUCCUUCUUCAAAUCCAUGAGCCAGUUUACAUUGGUUCUUCGAAGCUUCAAAGACUUYCCCGUUGACUACAAGAAGUUCUUGUACAGUUAUCUAGUCGAUUUGGUGGUAUUUCGUGAACUUGAAGMAUGCAARAGGCUGAACUGGUGUGAAGGCUUGUUUCCWAUGGUUCCUGUUUUAACAAUGGGUGAYGGRAAUUGUUUGAUGCAUGCUGCUUCUAUUGGGAUGUGGGCUGUYAGUGACCGCUAUCAUACCUUGAGGAAGUUGGUGUACAAUGCUCUGCUUGAAGAUGUUGACAGAUUUUAUCACAAAAGAUGGCAAAGAGAGAUGGAAGUCAGCAAUCUAUCUCGUCAUGGUUACGAAAUGACAGAAGAACAAUGGACCAAAGAAUGGCAAAUUGUGCUGGAACUUGUCUCACAGGGUGAAUAUCCMCUUGGCAACAAUGGUAUGCAGUACAGCAGUCUUGAGGAAAUCCACAUMUUUGUUCUUGCCAAUGUUCUUCGCCGUACAAUCAUUGUAAUAUCAAAUGACAUACAGAGAGGGAACUAUGAUGAGCCCUUGACCCCCCUGAAUUAUCCAGGUAUAUACCUCCCCCUGAAUUGGGACCCUGUUGACUGUGUGAAAACCCCUCUKGURAUUGGCUAUUCACAAGGACAUUUUACAGCUGUGGUAAGUUUUGAGGAUGGAGUAUUUGACAGAGGUGAAGUUAUUGAUGACUAUGGUGUGAAGGUUCAUGGCGUACCCCUUCAACAACACAAYGGCAAACCUCUYCCURUCCAUUUUCUGCUUGAAGAUGAAGAAGAUAUUGGUGAUGGUCURAUACGGCAGUAUUUAGACUGUACAAGAGUCCCCCAUAGGGACCCCCAGAGUAACAAGGAUGUUAUYACUUUAGCUGCAAAGCUACAAUUCAUGAAACCCCCAGGAUGCAUUGCUGGUUUGGUUGAUUCUUUCUUUUCAUCUGCUCAAGAUACUUACACAAUUAUGUUGCAUCAGAAAUCUGAAAAUCAUAGUUGUCAAACUCCUUUACUCCAAUUGGAGCCGUGCAAGACAGAAAACUGUCAGUUUUUUGGUACAUAUGAGACUCUGUACUUAUGCUCGAAGUGCCUUGAUGAAUAUUUGAUGAAUGAAUCUUCUGGUGCAGCAGGGAAGGUAAAAGAGGCACUGGUCAACAAACAAAUGGAAGGAAGGCAUUAUGAAAGCCAUCAAAAACAGCAGCAACAACCCAAUGAAUUACAACUACAGCAAGGCUUUGAAAAACAUCAACAUCAACAACAACAACAACUGCUGUCUGAGCAACAGCAAAAUCCCCAAAAGCUACAGCAGAAWAUGUGUGCUAAAGGUGACUGCAAUCACAUCUCAUACCAAGGAUGUGGUGAUCUAUGUUUGAGAUGCUAUGACUCAGAUGUUUUGUUAAGACAACAGAACGCUACGUCGUCAAAUAAUGCAACUCCAACAACAUCCUGCGUCAACAAGGUCAAUGGGUGUGAGUUCUUUGGCAUUCCACAACAGGAGGGUUUCUGUUCAAGAUGCUACGAAAGAUUUUGCGCAGAAAUGCAGUCACUUCGAAUUGAAGACAGCCGCAAACCAAGAGGACAAACUGGCCAGGGACUGCCACAGGAACGACGAUGUCAAAACCAGGGUUGUACAAGACCAGCCUGUCCAGAGCUGUAUGACAGAUGUGUUGAAUGCUAUGGUGACUGCAUCAAACAGUUUAUUCAUGCAAAUGAAAGACAAUCCAUGGAAGCCUUUGCUGCUCCGUCACCUGAGCAGCCUCCUCAAACCCCCUUGCUUCCAAAGCUGUGCACCAUGCCUGCAUGUCAGAAUGAAGGACAAGAGAAGUAUGGCGGCCAUUGUGUCCACUGCUUUCAAAUCAGACCGUACGAAGUGCCUCUGGAUAUCGAACGACCAUCUCAAACAUUCAAACAGAAUGAACAAGGAUUUUCGUCACCUUUUUCCCAUCAGCCUCCGUCACACAACGUCCAUUCACUAUUGUACUGUGAAACACCAGCAUGCGGACAGCCACUCGGCGAAACAAGUGGCACUCUCUGUACAAAAUGUAUAAUGAAAAAGUUCCAAUUGAAGAGAAAAGUUUCCCCACAACAACAGCAGCCAUUUUUUAUCGAAAAAACAUUACCAAGCAAUGAAGAACCUCAGAGUAGUGAGAGAAAAGAGGAAGUCUUACGUGCUCGUGAGAGGCUACAGCCAUUGUUUAUCCCGCCACCUCGUGACCAACUCCCGUUUGGUAACACUGCACCAAGAAUUCCAGAGAGAAAAGUGCUGGAGGUGUUUAAACCUGGAAAUGGUAACGCAGAAAACCAAGAGUCUGGAACACGUUGCCUCACACCAAACUGUCCUUUCUUUGCCAACCCUGAGACUCAAUUCCUGUGCACCAGCUGCCACCAGAAAGAGAAGAAAGAAUGGGAAAAGAUUAAUAAAAUGGCACAAAGACAACUACCGCAACUUCGUAAUUGUGCGUUUACAAACUGCUAUAACUGGGAAAGCCCAGGAAAUGGUGGUCUGUGUGACAAGUGCUUUCAGACGGGUAUCCGUAAUGAGAAGGUCUGGGAUUCACAAAACCGACGACAACCGCCGAGAGAACCCCAGCGACAACAACCAGUUUCGCCAAAGAAAAGCUCUCCUCGUAAGACUACAAAUUUCAUCAGCACCGGUUUGCCUUGUAAUUCCCCAGGCUGUCUCAGGUUUGGUACAGAAGACAAACAAGGCUAUUGCGAUCGCUGCUUCGAAAAACAACAAUCCAGGCAAGCCAUUAAACCGAGUCCACUCACAGAACUACCAUCCUCUGCCAAUAUUAGACGUGAAAGACCUGAGCAAAUCCCAAACCCCAAUCCUAUUGCGCAUGAGCCCGUUCUAGUCUCCCAGCCGCAAUCUAGAGUUUUUGGAGAGAGGUCUGGACGAUUUUCUAAUAUUUGCGUACAAGAAGGAUGUAAAAUGACUGGAAGUGCACAUUUUGGUGGAUAUUGCUCCAAGUGCUUUGAAGACUACACAAAGUUACACAGUUAUCCAGAAUCAGUUGCAGAUUUGGUAUCAUGUCAAGAGCCCCCAUCGCCAGAACAAAGUGUCARCACCGAACCGGUUUCAACAGGUUUGACUACUUUGCCGCCAAUCUCUCCACGAACCUGCGCAAUGCCACGAUGUAAUAACCAAGUGCAGCCAAGCACUAUGAGUCACUGUAGAGACUGUUUAGCCAAACUAUACCCCCAGUACGCACGCGCAAAUAAUAUGACAUGAGUUAGUGAGAUUACGUGACUAUGGUAUUGCGUGACUAUAAAUUUAUUGAGCUGCUAAAUUUAGGUAUUAUUAGGUAGUUGUUGCGCAUUUAAUGUGUUUGUAUUAAGGUGUCACAAGAUCUUCGCACACUGGAAAAAAUCGCGCGCUUUAAAGGUUGUAAAUUUGAUGUAAAUAUUAUGUAAGUGUCCAAAAUGACAAAAUGAUGUAAAUUUGAUGUAAAUUUACAUCAAAUUUAAGCAUCAAAUUUACAUCAUUUUGGACACUUACAUAAUAUUUACAUCAAAUUUACAACCUUUUAAAGUGAACGAUUUUUUCCAGCGAUAUGCUUUAAUUUAUAAAUUGCGUUAUAGCAAUUCACUCUUGUAAAUAUAGCCAACAGCAAAURCAUUUUUCUAGAUAUGGUAGAUAUUUAUUUAUUGAAAAAAUAGAUUAGAGCAAUAACAUUAUUAUAACCUCGUUAAUUAUAUAUCCAUUUUUUGUCUCUCCCAAAGUAAGCAAGGGUCAUUGCAUAGGGUCAUUUGAAGAGAAUCCGACCGCUGAUAUCAAUAUAUAUUGUAAAUAUGUUUGAUUGAUUAUAUCAAUUAUAAUAUAAGAUGUG